AUGUCGCAGAAAGGCCAUCCCUCUCACCCUGCCCUCGUCCACUUUCCCAUCACAUUCACGGCCAUCACUGGCGGCUUAGAUGCGAUCUACUACGCGUCCAAGCUUCCGGCCACUUCAGGCUUGGUGAAUUCAGUGUUCAACUCGCUCGACAAGGCUAUUCAGCCUCAAGCCUUCCCUGUCCUGUCCUACUACAGUACCAUUCUUACGAUCCUGACCACCCUUCCAGCUAUAGUGACCGGUGUCAUUCAGCUCUCCCCAGUAAUACAGCGUGACGGAUUCCAGUCGAAGAAGGCAAAGGUUGGCGCGGUACAUGCGUUGAUCAACGAUAUUGCGCUCUUUGCUACCAUCUACAACUGGUGGACUCGCAGCCAGCAGGUCGGCUUUGCACCCAGCAGCACAAACGUCUUCGUCAGCUCUGCGCUUGCUCUGCCUCUGACUAUGUAUUCCGCGUACCUCGGUGGUUCGCUCGUGUACGAGUACGGCAUGGGUUUUACAAGGGGCAACUCCAAGAAGACGCAGUAG